AUGAAUGCCUGCUGUCUUCAGCUAGACCAGACGUUGGUAUACGAUGCUGCUAGAAUGGCGCAAAGUCUACUGUAUCGCAAAUCUUCCAAUGCCAAACCCACUCGCUUAAGAGGGGUUUGGACUAUUUACCACUUGGAAAAGAUUGACUCCUCUGAGAACAAUAGCUCGGGUUUCGCGCAUGAAGAUAUCGGAUGUGAGAUCCCUUAUGUCCCAGGAUCCAGGUUUAAAGACUACAACUGGUUCCUGGCCGCCAUUCAUCUGAGCAGACUGACGUCGAUCGCAUAA